UUCUUACUUCACACUUGUGCUUUGCUGUCGGCGUUUAGUGAGAGUUCCGGAAUCUCAGGAAUUUGGGCUGUUCGUCUUCUCAACCUCCUGCGGUACCGAACUCAAGAUUUUCUGCGCCUGAAAGCUUUGGUUCGAGCUCAAAAUGUCUCAAGCUGAUAAACUGAAGCAGGGACAGUUUACAAACCCAGAAACUCCUGGGUAUGUGGGGUUUGCAAAUUUGCCAAAUCAGGUACAUCGGAAAUCAGUGAAAAAGGGCUUCGAGUUCACUCUCAUGGUGGUGGGUGAGUCGGGUUUGGGGAAGUCCACGCUGAUCAACAGUUUGUUCCUCACUGACCUCUACCCAGAGAGGGUCAUUCCUGGUGCUGCAGAGAAGAUUGAGCGCACGGUGCAGAUCGAGGCCUCAACGGUGGAAAUUGAGGAGCGUGGAGUGAAACUGCGUCUCACUGUGGUUGACACACCUGGAUAUGGUGACGCCAUCAACAGCCAGGACUGUUUUAACACCAUUAUCUCUUACAUCGAUGACCAGUUUGAGCGCUACCUGCAUGAUGAAAGUGGACUCAACCGCAGGCACAUCGUGGACAACCGUGUGCACUGCUGCUUCUACUUCAUUUCCCCUCUGGGUCACGGGCUGAAGCCUCUAGAUGUCCAGUUCAUGAAGGCCAUUCACAACAAAGUGAAUGUUGUUCCUGUUAUUGCUAAAGCAGAUACACUGACGCUGAGGGAGCGAGAGAGACUCAAGCGCAGGAUUCUGGAUGAAAUCGAUGAGCAUGGCAUCAAGAUCUAUCACCUCCCUGAUGCUGAGUCUGAUGAGGAUGAAGAUUUCAAAGAGCAGACCAGGAUUCUUAAGGCCAGCAUACCGUUCGCCGUGGUGGGAUCCAACCAGCAGAUUGAGGCUAAGGGAAAGAAAGUGAGAGGGCGUUUGUACCCAUGGGGUGUGGUGGAGGUAGAAAACCCAGAACACAAUGACUUCCUCAAACUUCGCACCAUGCUAAUCACUCACAUGCAGGACCUGCAGGAAGUCACUCAGGACCUUCACUACGAGAACUUCCGCUCGGAGCGCCUCAAACGGGGCGGCAGGUUGUCCUCCCAUGGUUACAUUCUGCCUAUGUCGCCUGCGAAAGUUCCGGAGCCAGAGGAAAUGGACAAGGAUAUGAUCCUGCAGGAGAAGGAGGCUGAGCUGAGGCGAAUGCAGGAGAUGAUCGCUAAGAUGCAGGCGCAGAUGCAGAAACAUGGAGAUGGAGACGGAGACAGCCCACACCUGUGAGAAGCACGAUGCUGAACAGUCAUUCGAAACUUGACCCAGUCAGACACAUAACGAGAAGAGUGUUGCUAAAUGUGGAAAAAGAAGAGAGACUGGUCCUUAGCUCAUCUUGCUUGCCAUUUUCUUAGUUUCUUUCACUCUUAUAUGAUUUAUUGUUUUUUGACAGGUUUUUUUUUACGCAGUAUUACGUUUUUUUUGGUAUUUUAUUCAAAUGCUGUAGCUAAUAUUCAUUCAUUUUAUCCUGUUCCAGUAACCAAAAACAAAGAACAACCAUCAGUAAUUACGUAAACUUAUUUUUUUUCUGUUACAAACGCCAAAUGCUGCUGGGAAGGAAUCUUCUACUUUAGAGCACCUUUAUUAGUAGUGUAGCUUCAUGACAACUCUAUCCCAUCUAGCAAAAUAAACACUGUGAAAAUACAAGCAGCUGUUAAAUAUGAGUGUCACGGUGGCAGUUUUUGGAGAAAUCAUUUUUUUUAUGUUUCUAAGUGUUGCCAGAGAGAUUGCUGUCCUUCUGAACAGGAGUUUUCUGAAGUACUUCUCUCUUCCCUGCAUGAAGUCUUGAAAUAUACAUGCUGUUCGGUUGAAUUGUCCCCAAACGGAUGCAAAACGUUAUACUGUGACCCAUAUUCCCUAUACCGUCUAAUGAAGAAAACAUUUUGCUGAUUGUUAUUUGUACUUGAGUGCAUCCUGUCAUUUACUAUCAGACGUUGUUCUGGUACGAGUGCAAUGUGAAAUGUACUUAGUGGAGUGACAUUCGAAAGCAUUGAAAUUUGCUGUUGUGCUCUUUAACCUUGAUGCAUGCCAAGUUUUUACCUCCUCCUUUUGGGAUCUGUGGGUAAAAUAUUUUCUCACACCUGUGGUUGAAUCAAAUUUCCACAUCAUAAAUGAAUACUUAAAAUGUUUAAAUUAAAUAUCUAAAAUGUUGGUUUCUAUCUGUUACACAAAAGCAAAAAUAACUUUUAUACAGUUGAAUUUGCUCUCCAUAUUUGGUCCCGUUGCUAACAUUCCAGUUUUAAUGUUUCACUUGAACUUUCUAUUAAACCAUUAUUCUCUAUCAUCUUGUAAUAAAAUUUUGUAUUGAAACGG